AUGGAGAACAAAUUUAAAAUAGAUAAAACAUUCUUGGAAACCAAUCAAUAUACUGAAGAAGGAAUCAAAUCUUAUGAAUUCAUUUUUGGAGAUAAUUUUAUAUCAUCAGGAGGUUUGGAUGCAACAAUUAAAAUUUUAAGUGAUAUACAACUGAAUGAAAAUUCCAAAGUUUUGGACAUAGGAUCAGGAUUAGGAGGUGGAUGCAAAUAUAUAAAUGACAAAUAUGGUGCACAUGUGUAUGGAAUAGACAUAUCGGAAAAUAUGGUUAAUAUAGCUAAAAACAGGAAUUCCGGAAAUAAAAAAAUUGAAUUUGAGGCCAAUGAUAUAUUAUUAAAAGAUUUUCCUGAAAACACUUUUGAUAUGAUUUACAGUAGAGAUUCAAUUUUGCAUCUUUCCCUUGAAAACAAAAAGAAAUUAUUUGAAAAAUGUUAUAAAUGGUUAAAACCUAAUGGAAUUAUCUUAGUAACUGAUUAUUGUGCUAGUAAACCAGAAAAUUGGGAUGAAGAAUUUAAAGAAUAUAUUAAAAAAAGAAGAUAUACAUUAAUAACUGUUGAAGAAUACAAAGAUUUAAUUGUUUCUUGCAAAUUCGAAAAUGUAAUAUCAAAGGAUAUAAGUGAUAUGUGGUUAGAUCUAUUAGAAGUGGAAAUUAAUAAAUUAGAAGAUAAAAAAGAAGAAUUUUUGAAAAAAUUUUCUCAAAAGGAAUAUAAUUCUUUACGAGAUGGAUGGACUAGAAAAAUUAAAGACAGCAAAAGAAAAAUACAAUUAUGGGGCUAUUUUAAAGCUGUCAAAUUAUAA